AUGAAGACAAAUGGAGCAUACAUUCCUCCUUCAUGGAAUGAGAAAGAUUCCCAGCAUGGCGAAUUAAGUGUCAAAAGAAUAUCUGAACUAUACGGAUUGAUCUUUCACGCCCUCCUUCGCAAGAAUUUUCACGAUGGUGCCAAACAACUGAUAGAGACAGGAGGGGUAAGAAUUCGUCAUAUUUUGGUUGGAUGUGCAAUUCUAAAGGAAUCAGAAGAAGAUUGGCGAACAACACAGCUAGAGGAAGAAAGGAUGAAACAACUUCAAAAGAUGUUUACUUAUCAAGCAUUACGAAGCAUCCGUUGCAUGCAUGAAACUGACAAUACCUCUAUUAAGAAAAAGAGAAAUAGUGGUGAAAACCAUGCAGAAAAAGAAUUGGGAGAACAGAUUCAACAUGCAGGACGGUUAUUGCUGAAUCAUGGGUGCCUCACAGAUGCCAUUAAAACAAGGAAUAAAGCAUUCUUAGAAAAUAAAAUUGUCAAAAAUAUAUUGAAACAGAUGUGGUAUGGGAAGAAAAAAUUAUCAUUUAGUCAGAGCCACGGCUCUGGAAUUAUAUUGGCACCGGAAGCCAAGCUUUACAUCAUACCGAAAUUAUUUAAUUGA